UCCUCUUCGCAUUCGACUUCUGUGCUUCGCACCUCUCGGGACAUGAGCUGCGACGACGAAGAGGAGCCGGCGAGAGCAGAGAAACUGCUCCGUCUCAUAGAGAGUUUGGAUGAAGACAGUUACAGCUGCUUGCAAAUAAAAGUUAAUCAAUAUCUGAAAAGAGAAAGCGACUCACAGCACAGCUUCAUUCUUAAUGUAUCGAAGGACGAACAAGAAAUAUUUUGUACGGUGAUGAGUGAUAAAGUUCUUGAAGAGAGACUUUCUUUUCCUAUCCAAAGCAACAGUUUUCGUACAGCAAUAAAAGAAAAUAGAUCCUUAACUUUAGAAGAUAUAAAUCAGGAUCAGGUGUCUGUGAUCGAGAGCAGCUUAGAUUCGAGCAUCGAAUCCUUGCUGUGUGUUCCCGUCCCUAGUGUUCGGAAAAACAGCAUCUCCAUGAUCGUCUGCUUAGCCAACAAGGAAGGGAGUUUCGAGGAGUGCGACGAGGAGAUGGUCCAGCAGGCCUUCCGCUGCGUCUGCCCCAUCCUUCUGAGGGCGGCGGCCUGCGAGGAGGAGCGCAGGCUCAGGGAAGAGUGCCAGUCUCUUCUUACAGUGGCUAAAAAUCUCUUUACACAUUUAGAUGACGUGACGCUCCUCCUAAGGGAAAUCAUGGCUCAGGCAAGGCAUCUCACCAAAGCCGAAAGAUGCUCUUUAUUCUUGCUCGAGAAGGAAAGAAACGAACUGGUAGCGAAGGUAUUUGACGGAAAUGUUGCUGAAGACGGCACAGAGACGUCCGUCGAAGUGCGUAUUCCGGCCGAUCAAGGUAUAGCGGGUCACGUGGCCACUUCAGGGGAACUUCUGAAUAUCCAUGAUGCAUACGCUCAUCCUCUGUUCUAUAGGAAAAUGGAUGAAACAACUGGUUUCAAAACGAGAAACAUUCUCUGUUUUCCCAUAAAAGAUGACAAAGGCGUCAUAGGCGUGGCAGAAUUGUGCAAUAAAAUAAAUGGGCGGUGCUUUUCCUUUUUUGAUGAAGAAAUUGCCAAAGCGUUUGCUAUUUACUGUGGAAUUAGUAUUAUGCACUCAUUGAUGUGGAAAAAGGUCCGAGACGCGCAACACCGCAGCAGGUUAUCUAAUGAACUUAUGAUGUAUCAUAUGCAGGUGCUACCAGAAGAUGUGAAAAAAUUGGCAGAAACUGAAAUUCCUCCACCUGAGGAGCUGAGUGAAGAUUUUGCCAAGUUCACUUUCAUUCCGAGGUCUCUGAAGGAACAAGAGAUGACACUGGCCGUCAUGUGCAUGUUUCAAGAUUUGGGAAUGAUUCGUCGGUGGCGUAUUCCUAUUGAUACCCUUGCCAAAUUCGUCCUGAUGGUGAAGAAAGGUUACCGGGAUCCACCUUAUCACAACUGGAUGCACGCCUUCGCUGUCGCACAUUUUUGUUACUUAAUGCACAAAAAUGUCAACCUAAUGGGAAAUUACCUGUCAGAAUUAGAAAGCUUAGCCCUUUUUGUUGCUUGUUUAUGCCAUGAUUUAGACCACAGAGGGACAAAUAAUAAUUUUCAAGUGGCUUCCAAAUCAGAUUUGGCUGCUUUAUAUUGUUCUGAAGGUUCAGUUAUGGAAAGGCACCACUUUGCUCAAGCUAUGGCUAUUCUGAACACCGAUGGAUGUAAUAUAUUGGAAAAUCUCUCCAGAAAAGAAUACACUCAAUGUCUGGAUUGCAUGAGGGACGUCAUCCUUGCCACAGAUCUCGCUCAUCACCUGAGAAUUGUAGAAGACAUCGAAACAAUGUCCAGAGAGGGUUACGAUGUCGAUAAUCAGAGCCAUCAUCAGCUGCUGCUUUGCCUUCUCAUCACCUGCUGUGACCUUUCUGACCAGACGAAGGACUGGAAGAGCUCCAAGAAAAUAGCGGAGCUCAUCUACAAUGAGUUCUUCUCCCAGGGAGAUCUGGAGAAGGCGAUGGGGGUUCACCCCAGCGAAAUGAUGGACAGGGAAAAGGCCUGCAUUCCCGAACUGCAGAUUGGGUUCAUCAAGAACAUCGUCCACCCUGCUUAUAAAGUCCUGACUACGAUCUUCCCCGAAGUGAUAGAAACGCUGACAGCAGUGGAGACAAACCGGGUCUUCUGGGAACGUAUGCGAGACGUCUAUAAACGCCGUUAUAGUAACAGCACCUCCUCUCUCGACAUGUUCGAAGACGAGAGUCUCGAGCAGGAGGUCCUGGCAAUCAGUUGCGAUUCGGACGAGGCACCACUCGCCUGAUUCAACCCUUCAUUCCGUUAGAUUGUACGCACAACGGAAUUUUCGUUUCGAUGUUGUUUCCUUAUUAAACACCCAAGUUAAAAAGCUCUUCACUGGAAAACUCGGACAGAAGCAGAGCUUGUUGGGAUAAGCACGCAUGUAAAAGAAAGCGUACUGGAUUUGUUUGUUUUUAGUGAUGAUAAGGAAUGGGAGAUAGUUUGCAAUAUACGUUUCUAGAAUAUCAUUGAAUUGUGAUCAGAUAGUCAAAACAGGCUUUUCUUUUCGUUGGGUAUAUGCAUAUGUCCGGCAGAAUUCAAUGUAUUACAUGGUUUCAUUUCUGUUAAAAUGCUCAGAAUACAUUUGCUGAAUAAUAUUUUGCAAAUGGUAAUUUAUUUAUGUUAGGAAAAUAUCCUUGUUUGUUCAGCUUUUCAUUUUUACAACGAAUUAAUUUCAGCCGCUCUUUAUUAUUCGUAUUUUAAAUGUUGAAGUACGUUUUAUAAAUUUAAAAAACACACAAUUUGCGCAAUUCGUCACACAUUCCCUCAUAGUUGACAUAUAAUUUUAUUUUUAUUUCAACACAUUGUAAAUUACGCAUGUUGCAACAUUAGUACAAUAAAUGGUGACGGGUACUGAAAUUAAUACGAAAAAGGGAGAUUUAUCGUAGAAAGUCGAAUGGCAAUCGAAAAAUCAUAAAAUGAUUUUUAAUUCAGAGAAAUAAGACAAAUUUGGCAUCUCCCUCAGAAGCAGCAAAACGAAUAAAAUUGUUAUUGAUUAAAUUUAUGUAAAUGCCCGGCAAAUAUUAUACUUAUAUACUUAUAAAGUAUACUUAUAAUAUAUUUAUAAAGUAUGGUGGAAUUUACUGGCUUGCAUCUAGAACCUUUUUCUUAAAAGAAAGAAGAAUUAAAGAAUUGAAUGCUACUAAUUAGUGAACAUAUCUAUUUCUGACUCAUUGAUUUCUUGGAUAUUAUAUGCUGUUUCUUAAACAAGAAUUUCUUAAUUUAUGGAGGGAUUAUGUAUAUAAUAUUUUUAAAUGCAAAGCAUACAGUACAAUAUACAUACAAUACAAUGCAUUGUAUGCAUAUAACGGAUAUGCAUACAAUACAAUACUAUUGCCUUAAAGAAGUGCGCAGCAACAGAAGAACGGCUCUAAUAUUCAUUCAUAACACUCUUAUUCCAAAUUUGCAAUUGUUAUUAAUUGGAAUGUAUUUAAUUUAGAAAUUGUUAUUUAAAAAUUAUACAAGGAUUUAAAAAUGUGUGAGGGAUAUUUCAUUUCUUUGCUGCUUUCUUACUAUAUUUCUUUCUUUUUUUCCUUUGAAAGAAAAUUUUCUUACUUUUCUAAGGGGUGUAAAACCUGACGUGAAUCGUCGAAAUGAAAUCUAAAAUAAUUGUGCAAUAUUCCUUUGCGAUUUUAUUCUUUUAUGUCCCAUUUUUUUCACUUCUAUAAACUUGUUGAAAUGUUUAGAUAUAUUUUGGCUACAACUCAUAAGAAAGGAAGAAAAUUUUCUUUCUUUGUAUUAUGUUUCUUUUCAUAAAAGACGAAAACAACAUACAUACUUUCUUAUCAGUUUUUAUGAGUUGAAUAAGAAACAGGUUUUGGAAGAUUUAAUAGAAAAUGUAUGGAUGUCUGCAAGGCUAGAUCCUGAGUUUAACUGUAAUGCACUGUAUAAGCUUUCAAUCAACGAAAUGAUUUUUUUUUUAAUGUUGGGUUUGGAUUAGAGAAUUAUGAUCAAAUAUUCUUAAGGAAUGAUAUAAUUUAAGUAAAAAGAGAAUUUUAUUUAUAACUAAAGCCAAAAGGAAUAUAAUUUUACGACACUUCAAAGAAACUUUUAAAUCUUUGUUUUUAAACAAAAGAACGAACAUACACACACAAAAAUUAAAAUGGAGCAGAAAUAAAGCGGUAUAAAUCAUUGCAAAUAUUAUAUUGUGCGAAUACGAAGUACAGAUUCUUCAGUUUAUCCCAUACACAAAUAGACAUCAUCUUUCAUAUGAAAAAUAAGUGAAAUUCGAUGGAAAGGAAGACCAUUUCCUAACUUAAGGUACCAUUGACUCGGAUGAUAAAUGUUCCUCUAGAAAUUGAUUCUGGUAACAGCGGCGAAAAAAAAAAAAUCUGCUCUGCUAGUUAAUGGCGUGUAGAGAAAAAGAAACAUUUGCUUGUAGGGGCGAGAUAUAAUUAAUUUGUUUCACUCUUCGUCAGCAUGAAACAUUAGAAUUUUUUUACGUCCUGUAGCACAAACAACGAAUCUUGCAGCGUUGCAGCAUUCUACAAUUUACCUACCAUCCACGUAACCGAAUAAACGCUUCUCUUAGUUAAAGCUUCUUAAAGUGUUCCUUUUUCUGAAUGUCAGAGCCUUUUUCAUUGAUUAGCUCAGAAGAAUCAUUGUCACAAACCAAAAAUUCCUUCAGUUUAUUUUUUUACACUAUUUAGAAGCGUUAUUGCUUAAAGUGAGGAGCACAGUUCUUCAAACACUUAAAAAAUAUAUUUUCUUCGUAAAAAUAUAAACAUUUCAAUUCAAUUUUCUCACAUUGUGCCAGUCUUGAGAAUGGCUUUGAAACUUAUAUCAUCUGUUCAUAUCUGACGAUUCAAUAAGCAUUACUACGAAAUUGCUAUAAAAUAUUUUUUAAAAAAUCUGAUUCGAUAAUUGUUAAUUCUACAAAAAUCUAUUUUGAAACUUUUGGUGGAUCUGUAACAUAUCAGAAAAUUUUAGCUUGUGACUUAGAAUAGUAUCAUAAUUAAAUUCUGUAUAAAGAAAAUUAAAGUGUAUUCAGAUUAUGGAUUUUUGAGAGUUCAAUAUUUGGCCGAGUAUUCGUUUUGAAAACUCGUUGAAGCGCCGUUGAAUAUUUUACGUUAUUUUAUAUAAAAACACAAAUAAAGACUUCAUCUUUUUAGGACUUACACUUUUGACCUAUUUAAACGUAUUUGAUUGUUAAAAAGAUUUUGUAUGAGAAAAAUGCUUUUAAACUCAAAUUUGAAUAUUCUUGUUUAAAAAGGAUUAGAUCGAAUACAUUGUUGAAAAAACUAAAUGUCACAUUUAAACUGUCAUAUAGCUUAAGUUUGCCUUGUCCACAGAACUUACACAAUCUCUUUUCAACGAAGAUGGAUUGACUUUCAAUUUGCAAUUUGUUUCCUUUUUUGCGGCAGCUUACAGAAGUGCGAUGAAGUUUGCCUUAUUUAUAAAAUUUUAUUGUUCAGUAUAAAAAAUUAUAAAAUCUUAUUUGCAUUGUUUACAAUUUAACGCUUUAUUUACUAUGCCUGAAAAUGAAGUGUUAAAGACAUGAAACAAUUUAAAGAUUGUUGAAUCAUUACAUAUAUGAAUCUCUAUUAUAUAAUAGAGUAUUAUGUAAUAAUAAUGAUCUAUUAAGUAAUUAUGCAAUAAUAAUUAUCAAUACAUAUAUGAAUCUCUGCAUAUGUAAAUGAAUGUUUUUAUUAGGAUUUGAUGAUUUUUUUCCCUCCACAAGCAAAAUGCCGGGCUAUCAGUAGAACCAAAGCCAAACAUAACUUGUGCUAUUUCAACUGAUUCUUUUUAUGCAGCUAGAAAUCAUUUUUUUCAGUUUCUCUUUUUUUUUUUCCUUUUCAUUUUUGAAAUUGCUUUUACUUCUUAAAAAUGAGAUAGCCUUUUGUUUCACAUGAACUAAUACGCUAUCAUGCCUUCCCCAAAUGUCUACAUUCAUAGUAUACUUAAGCUGUUAAUGUUAAAAAAUAUAACGUUUUCUAUACUUAUAAAUAAUAUCCUUUUAAAUGAUCUCGCAGCGAUUUAUUUGCGCUUUGGUCAACCUAUAUGCUCUCUCAACAAGAAAACCAAAUAUUUAUCUUUCAAAGAUAAAAUAAGUGAUUAAAAAUUUCGUUUUAUUACAGCUUCAUUUUUCGGCCAAAUAUAAUAAAAGUAAAUAAGUCAAAGUUUUAGUACUUGAAACAUUCUAAAAGAAACAAACGGAAUUAGAAAUUCAUUAUUAAGCUAUUGCUACUUACAUCAAAAUCUUUCAUACAUUUAAUUUACAAACAAGAUUUAUUUAGAAUGGAUUGUUUUCAUCAUUUCUGCCUUCUUAGUGAUUGAAGCUAACUAGAUCACUCCUUUUCCAAAAUCUGCAUGUUUCAUUCUCAUCCAUGAUUCUUCGCAUAGAACUUUUUAAAACUGAAAUGAAAAAGAUUUUCUAAUAUCAUUGAAAAGGGAUUCUAUUCCCUUUUUGUUGCAGUUAUCUCGAAAUGAAAUCGAAUAUGCCAUUGCAUUCGCAAAAAAUAGGGUCACGUUAAACAGCGUCAAAGCGAAAGAAAAAUGUUAGGUAGAUAAGAAUACUUGAUUCGUUUCGACGUGCAACGAAAGUUUGCUCGUGAGUGAUAUCGUUGAGGAGAGUUCGCUUGCAAGAUUUUCAUUACGAAGCGCAAAUCCUUUGGCGAUCCCCCAGCACCUUUCAAACACCGACUGAAAGCAAUAAUGAGAAAUCAAAUACUUUUCCUACUCAUAACUCAUCUGUGUGUCAUGUAUUUAGUAUCGAGGAAAAGACUGUUUGCCAACACAGUUUUACAUAAAUUAUUUUUGUCUUGCAGAAGAUCAUUAAAUUAUUUUUCAGACAAGUGGAUUGUACACUCUGUUAAGUUUAAACCCAAAUAUUCAUAUCUUUCUAGUUCUGAUGAAAAUUCUUUGCAUUUUAUGUAUUUAUUUUUUUCAAAUGACCAGAGAAAAACACAGUGACUUCUAUUUUUUUCUUACAUAUGUUUUUUUAAGAAGCUGCAAAGGCUUCGAUGCAAAUAAAUGUGUCCUAUAUCAGUCUGCUUAUCUGGAAACUAAUUCCGCUUUAUCAAUGGAUGGGCAUGAAUGGCACCAUUGUUUCUUCCCGUUUUGAAGACGCUCUGUUCUGCACAGUGAAAUACUUGAUGUUCAUCAUUUUAAUUCUACUAUUCGUGCAUGUGAGCAUAGUUUGUGAUGUACUGUGAAUACAAAUAGAUGAAAACCAUUCAUUUGUUAUUGUUAUGUAAAAAACUGUACAAAGUGAUGUAUAAAGUAAUUUAAUUUAUUUCUGAAA